AUGCUUAGCAAGGGAGUUGACCCUAAUUACCGCGAAGAAGGUUGGAAUGUCGUUAAGCUAUUACUUGCCGCGCCUGGCGUGGAAACAGAAGUCGAAGACUGGGAUUACCAGACGCCACUGUUACUCGCUUCUCGAAAUGGACAUGAUGCUGUUGCUAAGCUGCUACUUUCGGCAGGAGUCGAUCCAAACUUUCAGAAUUAUUGGGGAGAGACAGCUCUGAUCGUAGCGGCAGAACUCGACCACGAAUGGGUCACUAAGCUUCUGCUGAAUGCGGAGAGCAUCCGCCCGGAAAUCCAAAACUCGAAAGGUGAGACUGCCUUAUCUGUGGCCGCCGAGCUCGGCCAUGAGACAAUAGUCGAUCUUUUGAUCGCCGCUGCUAUAGACCCUAGCACUAAGGACUUUGAUGGAUUUGCACCCCUUUAUGUAGCAGCACGAAAUGGUCAUACUAUGGUAUUCAAGCGAUUAUUGACCAUUGGAAACGUUGAUCUCGAUGCUAAGAGUGCUGGUGGAUAUACGCCCCUAUCCUGGGCGGCACGGAAUGGCCAUAGUGCGAUAGCGAGGCUACUAUUAGCUAUAAGCAACGUCAAUCCAGAUUCUAGAGGUGCUGAUGGAUCCACACUCCUAUCUUGGGCUUCACGGAAUGGUCAUCAUGAAAUAGUUAGUGCGUUGCUUGAAACGAGUGGCGUAAGCCUGGAUGUCAGAGACUCGAAUGGACGCACAUCUCUCUCUAUUGUAGCAGAGGCUGGCCAUAAAGCGGUGAUCAAGGUCCUGCUCACUUAA